CUUUUGUAUCCCAUUCACAAAGCCGUCCUGCGAAUUCACCCUUUUGUGGCCACCACGGCGCCACCCUGCCCCUGACAGCUUCAAAAAUCAAAUACAAGAGGGUAGGACUCUAGGAGCGCUCAACUCUCUGGACUCUCAUCAAUGGCGUUAUUGGCGUUACCGUUUAAUCCAUGCAACUGUCUUUCGAUCAAAUCUUCAGACCCAAGAAAGCCCUUAACUCACAUUCCCCCAGCCCAGCUUAAAACCCCAACCCCAUACCCGGAACCCAAACUCAUCGUCACCGGCGGAUCUAAGCUCUCCGGCCACGUUGCCGUCAGUGGGUCUAAGAACUCGGCUUUACCCAUUCUCGCGGCGACCCUUUGCUGCUCUGGCUCUUCGAAGCUCCAGAAUGUGCCCGAUUUAUCUGAUACCCGAACCAUGGCCUCCAUUCUGGAGUCCUUGGGUGCUAAAGUUGACAUUUUUGGUGGUGAAAUGGUGGUCAAUGCGGGUUGUAUUAAGUCAGUGGAACCAGAUUCUAGCCAGAUUGGGAAGCUCCGAGGUGGUUUCUUCGUGUUAGGGCCCUUGCUGGCUCGGUUCGGUGAGGCCGUGGUUGGAUUGCCGGGCGGUUGUGAUAUUGGGGCUCGUCCUGUUGACUUGUACAUUAAGGGGCUUCGCGCUCUUGGUGCUGUUGUCCAGUUAAGGGAUGGAAAGGUGCAUGCCCAUGCUGCUAAUGGAAAAGGACUGGUUGGUGGGAAGAUUUGGCUUGAUUAUCCGAGUGUCGGAGCAACUGAAACCCUUAUGAUGGCUGCAAGUAUGGCUGAAGGGAAGACUGUACUUUCAAAUGCAGCUCAAGAACCGGAGGUGAUUGAUCUUGCUCGCUUCUUGACAAAAUGUGGAGCAUGCAUUGAAGGAGCGGGAACAGAUACUGUUUAUAUAAAUGGAAGGGAUCGGUUUCAUGGUUCUGAGUUUAGUAUAAUGCCAGAUCGCAUUGAAGCAGGGUCGUUUAUGUUGGCUGCUGCAAUUACUCGAUCCUGCAUCUCAAUUUCACACGUUGUUCCUAGCCACUUGUCAUGCUUAAUAGACAAGCUUUCAGGUGCUGGUUGCAGAAUUAUAUGGAAAACUUGUGACACCUUGGAGAUUUCAGCUGUCCCUCGGACAACUAACGAUGAUUUACAAGGCUUUGAUAUCAAAACGCGUCCAUUUCCCGGAUUUCCUACGGACCUCCAACCUCCAACCAUGGCUUUACUCUCAACUUGCAAUGGCUCAAGUUCCAUUGAGGAAUCUGUCUUUGAUAAUCGCAUGGGCCAUGUGAAAGAACUCCAGAAAUUUGGAGUUAAAAUUCAGGUUUGUGGAAGCAAAGCAUUGGUUUUCGGGAAGAAAAAUUCCAAUCAUCAUCUGGUUGGUUCUCAUGUUACUGCAACUGAUUUACGCGGGGGUAUGUCACUGGUUUUGGCCGCUUUGGCUGCUGAAGGUAUUACUGAAAUUGGUGGUAUCUCACAUCUAUAUCGGGGUUACGAGAAUUUGGAAAUGAAGCUUCAAGGACUGGGUGCUCGCAUCAAAGUAUAAAGCGUUCUGUUCCAUUGAGAUCCCUGGU